AUGGCUCAACCAAAGAGUCAGGUAACGGUCCGUAGCCGUUACGCCGAGCCGGCGCAUCCCGAAUCUCUACCUGGUAGCCAGACCGACGAUAUACCCAAGAUUCGCUUUCGCCACCCCGCAUAUGCGGAUAGUGAAAACAUCCUCAUUUCGCUGGCGGCGCUGGAUGGGGGUGGUGUUCAUUACGCAACGGCACAUCUCGCCUGCGCUGUUCUGGCAGAUUUCCGAUAUGAGGGUUUCUUUUCUUUGUCAUCUACCGGCACUGCGAUCGAAUUCGGGCCGGACGAAAUCUUGACAGAGCAAAACUACUACUUCCACGUACCACAAGUUCAAAAAUAUGACGUUGUCGCCGAUUUUGCUAGUUGCAUCUUCCCCCAUGGAAGAAUGCCGCCAACGUGGUCAUCUGAAGGCCUUAAAAUCCCCAAGGCCAUCGGCCUGCCUCGAGAAACAACCUGCAAUAGCAUAGUUUUGACCCGAGAUGUUUCUUGUCGAGUUACCAACAGUACUCUAGGUACAGAGGGAGCCCAUCUACUUCCCAAGUCGGAGGAAUUGUGGUAUACAAAAAAUUCCAUGUUUCAGUACUCGGCAUGGGAAGAGAGGGGGACAACAGAUGACCCGAGAAACGCGAUUCUUUUGCGAUUGGACGCUCAUACAAUCUUUGAUGCGAAACGGUUUAUGAUCGUGCCAAAGAAGGGCAGGUGGGUAACUCACGUCUUGUACGGAGCAGCACAGGACGAACUUGCUCGAAGCUUUCAUAAUGUACAUAUGCAACCCCUUACCGACAUUGCGGUAGAAUAUAUUUUUGCGCGGUUUGCGUACACAAUCCACGCCCUCAGCACCUUUACCCUCUCCGGCGGCAAACGUGCACUCCUUAUCCUGAAAGCAGGGGAAACGAGUCGGCACCGCGUCGAGGUAACCGGCUUGCAGUAUAAAACACAACUCGCCCUACGAUCAAGGGUUGCCAGCAGGACUCCAAGCCCCAGCAAGCGCCGACGCGACGAUACACCCGCAGCCGAUGCAGACACAUCGAAUUUUGACGGGAUGGACGAUGGCGAUCAUGAGUUCAGGGGUCGUCCACGAAGAAGACUAUCUUACGAGACUACCUGUUCACCCUCAUUGUGCCACGAGUUUUGCACGUCAAUGUCCAGCUCAAUACCAACACUCACCAGGGGCCCCAGCGAUUCGGGUAGCGAACUUGCAGAAACCGUCAAGAAGCCACUGCCCAGUGACAGUGCGCUACCGCUGAGCAAAGCCUCACAUGAUGAGUGCGUCGGCGUAGCUGAAGCUAUGCACUCUAUGUGCAAGUCCGAAGCUUACGACUGA